GUAAAAACUGAUUUUUAAAGGGUAUUCGUCAGUGUUGCAUUUAAUUAUUUAUAGGUUAUUUAUUUAGACAUGUGGCAUCCAUAUAUUUUGUAUUCCCUACUCAGUGUGGAUCAAUGUUUUUAUUGUAUGGGUUAACCAAGUAGUAUGUGGUACUUUCUAAAGUGUCAUUCAGCUUUGCUCAUUUCGGCGUGCUUGUGCCUUUAAGCAGUUUCAUUCGCUCCAGUCCGCCUUAAAGCGCCAAGCAUGUGUGUGUGAGGGCCUCCCCCUGAUGGCCCUGCAAAAGACUGCCUGACCGAGCUCUUAAGGUGGACCGGAUGAGAUGUGCUGUUAUCUGUUAUUGUAUAACUGUUAUGAGUCCAGAAAGAGUUAAUUCCCACGGUCUUUCCUUUAACCCCAAAAUGACCCGGUCUUAUGAUUUGGAUAAAUUCAUAGUUCUUCAUAAGCUUUUAAUUAAUUUACAUACUAUGGCCUACGAGCAAUACAUGUGUAAAAUCACACAUAUCAUGGUCAUCUGUAUUCCAUUUGGAUAUGAUUGUAUUCUGGGCUUUUCUCAAAUAGCUUUUUUAAUUUUGAAUUAUUUUUGAAAUUCCUGAAGAUGAAGGGAAGUUAAAUGUGUCAAAUGCAGUAUGAUGGAAUAAAAUAUGAAAACAAACAUAUAACAGUAUCAAGAUUUAUUUUACAAUUAGCCAUCAUGUAUGUCAUGUUAUGUUAACAGACCAGUACAACACAAUGCUAAUGGUCUUACUAAAAGCCAUUAUAUUAAAGGGAUUACCGUAACAUCUGUUAUACCAAAAACAAACAGGUAUAUAGCAAAAACUAGAUGUGUUUAAGACUAAAAAUGUAUCUUUUGUAACUGUUUUAGACUAAUGUUUCAUAGCCUCUGGGUCUUGUUGACUUGUAUUGUUUGAUAUUGUUUUUAUUGAAGUUCUGGGCUUAUAGGACAGAAGUGUAUUAGUGCAGUUGUACAGUACGACAUCAACCAGAUGGCAGAAAGAUUACAAAGCGACGUCAGGUGUAGCCUACUGCAUUCUAAGCAUCAGCUAGAAGAUGCAGAAGAUGAACAUUCACUGAUCGCGAAGACAAGUGAUAAACCAAACAUAAAUCUCAUUUGAGAACCACUCAAGAAAAGUGAUAUUCAGAAAUUUAGUGACCUUAGAAACAGAUCAUCCUGGCAUCCCUUUGGCUCGACAGCUGUUUGAAAUUAACAGCAUACAAUGGCUUGGCUCCUCACUCUGAUAUUAGGAUUACCUCUUCUCGUGCAAUCUGCCACCACACAUGACUCAAUCUCAACACAACCCUCAGACCAAAACAACCUGAGCUCCCAAGGAACAAAUGACUUUCAGCAAACUCUUCACGUAUCUCCCCAAGAAAGCAGGACUGACAACAGGUUGCACAGAGACUUUCUUUUACCCCAUUGGCCCAACUUUGACAUUAUUGAGGGAUCUGGGGAAGGUAGUGGACUUCAGCAGAGCAUUGAGGUUAUAAUGCCCUCUAGUGGUGUGUUAGAGACGGACACAUUUAUUCCAGACAGAGCAGAGAAACUAGAUUUGAAUAUAUUUCAGAGUUCUGCCCCUUAUGUUCCACAAAGGCUAACACAACAUUUUUUAAAUGAUGACGACGAUCAACAUGUAAUUUUAGCAAACACAAACAGUGACCUUUCCACAAAGCCUGUUCAGUUGACUACGCACACCCACACCCCAUUUAUAAAUAACAAUGAAAGAAUGAACAAAGACCAGCCUUUGUUGACAACCACCAAAUCAAUCAGAGAGAGUGAUAUCACAGUAAACUCUACUCCAGGCAAUAUGUACAUACAGACAUUUACUACCAAUUUCAAACUCGAUCACAGUACAUCAGUGAAUGAUUUAGAAAUGAACAAACGUGAAGAUGAAAAGACUUUCCAAAAAACAAAGUAUGCUUCAUUCACCAAGACUUUAAGCUCCAUCACAAAGCCUGAAAUGCUUGGACACAAUGGCACCCUUAUGAUGCAAUCUGACUUUAUCCAAGAGUCCUUUGAUAAUCCCACAGUGAAAGAGGAACUUUAUGGCACAAAUCACGCGCCUACGGCCACACCUUCAUUCGAGACUGAUGAACAGCCAACAUGGUUAACAAGUUUGUUUGCAUCACUGACACAGAGCAUUUCUGGUACAACAGGUUCAUGCAUACUGGGCAAGUGCAAGGUUUCCAGAAGCAACAUCACACGGCUACAAUGGGACGAUUUGAAACGGACGCUAACCUUUGCAUGGGAUCUUCAUGUCUAUGGCUCAGCUACGCUCUUUUUUUUGGUAGUGGUUGUUGCUUCAUUUGGAGCGAUUGGUGGAGCUCAUAUGCGCCAUCCUUUCUGCGAGGCUUUCAUUCUUGCUAACAUCCUACUGCUGUUGGCAGGUUUGCUUCGAUUUUUACAGUUCAUAAUUGACCCAUACAACACAAGAAAUAUUAUGCCUCGCCCUGCCCUUUCUGCUUUGUAUAACUUACCCGUUACCUUAUUGCUCUGGGCCCAAGCCACCUUGGCACUAUUUUCUGUGAGGCAAGAAAGGCUGAGCCCUCAAAAUUCUCCCCAAAAGCUGUCAAUUACUGCAGGGGGAAUGGCAGCACUGCACUGUACCUCUAUCCUAAUGGCUGACCUGCUAUCAAAUACGUUAUCUCCAGCACUACCUUUAAUGCUGCAGACACUUACUAUUUGCUGGGGUUUACCACUUUGUUUAGGAAUCUUUUUUCAGUCUCUAAAAAAGCUCAGUCGCUCACACAGGACACCAGUGCCAAGGUGUAGUGCCUCUAAACGUGUAGUAAACAGUGCCAGGCGUGUGCUAUUGUUGUGUGGCAUGCUGGGGGUGCUCACCUGUGCUUUACAAAUCUAUUGCUUCCUCUGGCUUUAUGGAUUACUUGGUGACUGGCGAACAUUCAGGUGGGGCUGGUGGGUUGCCCAACUGUGGGCACGACUGUCAGAACUGGCAUGGAGUUUCUCUCUUCUGCUACUGGGAUCUCGGGUAUUCUGGAGGACACAAGGGAGACCACAGCAAAGUAAGAUGACAAAUAAAAGAGAACAGAAAAGGAAGCAGACGUCACAAUUGGACACACUGCUGGAUAGGUUUCCAAUGGGGCCUUGGAGUAGACCCGAUAGGAACUGGGCUAAACUGUUGCCAAAUAAUUGGGAAGGGCAAAAACAGUCCAGAGGAAAUGUGAGACGCUCAAUGAUACGAAAUCAAGCAACACCAGCAAUUUCAGUCACUACAGUACAUGACAACAAUAUAGUUAUUGAUGAAGGUGUCUUUCAUAAGAGCAGCAAUGACUGUCACGACACUCCACUGUGGACCAGUGGUGUGGAAUGGCAGGAACGUGAAUGCUUUCUCUCAUUAAUUGAGUUUGACCUUAGCCCCCCCUCAUCUGUCAACCUCAGUCACAGCAUUGACAGUGCCCUCCAUCAUGCCGGCUUGUUAGGAGUAGGUACUAUUUUUGCACCUUCAUCACCCUCUUGGAACCAGAAUGAGAGACAAUUAGUUAACAUUAAAUCACCCACCAUCACAACAAACCGAGCCUACGGGUGGGCCUUAGAUACAUGUGCAGACCCCCUCUCCACACAACACUUCGGGACAGCAAUUCAACAGACUCAAGUGUCUGCAAUUGAGCCUCUGUUGUCCUUGAGUCCAGAAACCAUUAGAAUAGUGUGGGAGAGGGAUUCGGCUAUCCCAAGAGUCACUACGGAUGAUGAUUUGGACAGCAUCGCGAGUGGAGAUGAUGUUACUAGUCUUUGAACUAUUAAAAUGUUUUGCCAUUUUCUUUUGCAGAAUAGCAAAGUAAACCUUAUUCAGAUGGUAAUUAGCUCUCAAAAGAAUGUCUGUAAAAAAUCUCAUUGAUAAAAAGUGGAUAUGUGAGGUUGUAAUUCUGGAAAUGCCCUUCUCAUCUGGUUAAUCACGUGAUCAUUCACAUGA